GGCCGCGCGGAUCCUCGCACAGCCGGAGAGCAGCGGAGGGUCGCGUGUUGUUCUCGGUGCCGUUUCGGUUUUUACUGGCGAGGAAAAAAAGCAGCAUUUAGUACGAUGCCGCGAGUUUAUAUAGGCAGGCUGAGCUACCACGUCCGCGAAAAGGACAUCCAGAGGUUCUUCAGCGGCUACGGGAAACUGCUGGAGAUCGACUUGAAGAACGGGUAUGGCUUUGUGGAGUUCGAGGACACCCGAGAUGCCGACGAUGCAGUGUACGAGCUGAACGGCAAAGAGCUUUGUGGCGAACGUGUCUUGGUCGAACAUGCGAGAGGACCGCGUCGGGACCGGGAUGGAUACGGUGGGGGUUAUGGGGGUGGCGGGCGCAGUAGUAGUGGCUACAGCAGCAGAAGCCGCUCUGGCCGAGACAAGUACGGACCACCUGUACGCACAGAGUAUCGGCUGAUUGUGGAGAAUUUGUCCAGUCGCUGCAGCUGGCAGGACCUCAAGGACUUCAUGCGGCAGGCCGGUGAAGUGACCUACGCUGAUGCCCACAAGGAGCGGACCAAUGAGGGAGUGAUCGAGUUUCGCACCCACUCUGAUAUGAAGAGAGCGAUAGACAAGUUGGACGGGUCUGAUAUCAAUGGAAGGAGAAUCCGUCUGGUGGAGGAUAAGCCCAAACGUCGCCGCUCUUACUCGGGUAGCAGGUCCAGGUCCCGUAGCAGGCGCCGUUCUCGCAGCAGAAGCCGGAGGAGCAGGAGCUCACGAAGCCGCUCAAGGUCUCGCUCUCGGUCACGUUCCCGCAGCAAGAACCGCUCUCGCUCAAAGUCCGGUCACAAGUAUAGUUCCCGGUCCAGCAGAAAGUCCCAUUCCAAGUCUCCAGCCAAAUCCCGCUCCAAAAAAUCCCGUUCUCGCUCCCGCUCCCGAAAAUCUCGCAGUCACUCUGCGAGCCGCAAGUCCCGCUCACGAUCCGAUGCCCGCAAGUCCCGCUCUAAGAGUCGCUCUAAGAGUCGCUCUAAGAGUCGCUCUAAGAGUCGCUCCAAGAGUCGCUCGAAGCCCAAAUCUGAGCGAGGUUCUCGGAGCCGUUCCAAGGAAAAGUCGGUGAGCAAGAAGUCCCGCAGCCGCUCCGCCUCUCCGAUGGAGAACGGAAACAACGAGCGGCCGAAGUCAGCCUCACGCUCUCCUUCUCCUCAGGAGGAUCGUGACCGCUCUAAAUCACCCGCCAAACGUUCAGUGUCCCGUUCCCCUUCUCGAUCGAAGUCCCGUUCACGUUCCAGGUCUGCUUCACAGGACUGAGGGCCUUUUUUUAGAGGCUGGUAGAGAAGUUGAGCUUGCAGUGAUGCAUAACUCAAGUGUUUUAAGGCAUUUGCCUUUCACAAAGCACUUCACAGGUGCUUCAGAGUAGAUACUAUCACGUAUGUUUUCAGCUUUGCAUGAGAACAAAGGAUGUAUUGUAAAUAUCAGAAAUGCAUACCAGAUCUAUAAAGGGGUCUGCGGUAGGCUUUUUCCCCUCCUCCUGUCCCUCUUUAUGUUGUUAAUGCUUGUGGAUUUUUUUCCCACCUCUUUUCCCACAAACUGCAUUGCUUAAGUUUUUUUUCUUUAGCUAUUUUGACUUGAAUGACUGUCCUUUGAAUUAAAGUGAAUUAAAAGGCUUGUAUUGCAUCCUUACACUGAAGUGUAUGGAUUCAGAGUGGCUGAAAUAAGCUUGAUGGCUGCGUAUGUACAUUCUUAAGCAGUAAUCAGUCGCCAUCUAUUGAUAUAAAAAUGUGGAGCGUGGCUUGAGUUGAAUAAUUUGAUGGGCUUCUUCACUGUACAGUAAAUGUUACUACUUUCGUUAGUGCUUUGGCAUUUUGAGAAUCGCCUUUGAUGCUUCAAAUCGUAGGAGUCUCAGACCUUUAUACUAUGUCCUGUUUCGUUUUUUUUUAAACUGAUGUCUGAGUAAUCUGCAGUGUUUUAGUUUAAUAAACAUGAUUGAUUUUCUAUUAUUCACGGAGGCUGAGUGCUUGCUGUUCUGUCCAUUGUCUCGUUUAAAUGUAGGUAACAUUUCAGCCCAAUUAAAAGGAAUUCCCUAGUUUAUUUUUUAUCCCACCCAAACAAAUAGUGGUUAAACUAAUUUAAAAAUAGAUUUAACUUAUACAAACUAUUUUAUUUAAUUAAAACUAUUUUGGGUUUUUGUAAUUAUAGGCUGCAAACUAUUGUCAAACACUGUCGGGUGAUGUUAGGGCUGGGCGAUUAAUCGAAAAGUAAUCGAAACCAACAUUCAGAACCUCUAACUGACUAUCAGAUUCAUGUCUUAUUUAAUUUUCAUUUACUGACUGGAACAGAUCCUAGAUCAGCUCUCCUAAUCUGAGAAGCUUCGUGAAUACAGGCCCUGGUUCCGAUCACCACCUCUGUGGAUGAUUCUGACUCGGCAGGUUUCUCUAGAAUGGUCCAUUUCACAACAAACCAGUCCGAAUAACUUUGUUUACAUCUUAAUUCUGCAAAAACUUAUUGUUACAGUUCUUCCUUAUUUUGGAAGCAAAACUGCAAAAUGAAAUUCUCCUUUUAUAGGAUUUUUGUAGUUUGCUUGCCUCGCAGGUUUUAAACUCAAACAAGAGCUUGUGUGCUUUGUAGUGCCAACUGUUGAAUAAUCACAUCGCAAAAUAGAAGUAAAUGUUUUUAAAUUUGAACAAUCUGGCUGUCAAUACAUGGUGGUGGUUAUGCUGAGGCUAUCUGCUGUUUCCCUUGUCAGACUUGUGUCUGAUGUGCUGAAAUCCUGUAUGCAUUAGAGCUGUGGGGAUGUAAGGAAUAAUGCAGUUAUAACAGGUCAUGGUUUACUUAGUUAUUGUAAUGUGUCCAGUGUUGGGCUGUUUCUGAACUUCAAUUGUAGUGACGAUUUCCCAGUAAGAAUACUUCAGGGUCAGGCUGUAUCUGGGUCGGAAAACCGGCCCUUUUAUUAGGGGCAGCUUUUGGCCAAGACCCCCAUGAAAAUACAACUUGGCUGUGUUUUGCUGUUGCAGUGAUUUUUGAUAACAGACCAAAAAAGUGCACAUUUAAAAGCACUGAGUUGUACCUUUUGGAACAUUUUCAUAUAAAAUUAAACUGGCUUUACAAGUA